AUGGCUUGUACCUGCGUUGAAGCGUUACAGAUGCAUCCACGUCGUUCCGAAGGACUCAAGACAGCAAUAGCGUUCUGUUGCCUAAUGUUAUCUGCAUUCCUGAAUUUCUUCCUUCUGACUGUAAUUCAUGAUGUCGUUCCACGUCAGCCGCUUCCUGAUCUCACUUUCAUGAUCAUUCCUCAACAGAAAUGGGCUUGGUCAGUAGGCGAUGUGCUGUCCACCGUGAGUUCUGUGAUGGCAUUCACAGUCGUACUUCUUCACCAUGAACGAUGGGUCGUUUUACGUCGGAUGUUUCUUCUUGGUGCAAUUAUGUAUGGAUUGCGGGCCGUUGUUUUAGGAGUGACGUUUCUACCUCCGUCAUUCCAUGAUCGUGAUGAAAUCUGUUUGUCUCAAGUAAAUCGUUCAGCUAUGUACGGUAUGGAAAUCGCAACUAGAUUUUUGACUUAUGUUGUCACAUUGGGACUUACAUCUGGUCAGGAAAAAAUCCUUUGUGGUGACUUAAUGUUUAGUGGGCACACAGUCGUGUUGACCAUAAUGUAUUUUGUUCAAUUGCAAUAUACUCCGAAAGGACUUAUCUGGUUAAGGUAUCUUGCUGCUCCUAUAACGUUUCUUGGAAUUAGCGCUUUAGUGGUGUCAGGAGGACAUUACACAAUGGAUGUGCUCAUCGCAUACUGGUUAACCAGCCAUGUAUUUUGGGCAUACCACCAAAUAUUUGAGAUGCCGAGAAAGGAUCGUCCUGAUGCUCCGCUGAGUAGACUUUGGUGGUUCUGGUUAUGCUACUGGUUCGAAUCGGAUGUUAGCGAAGGUCGAUUGGUGAAUCAUUGGAAUUGGCCGUUCGAAGAACCGCGAGCGAUGCAUGAUGUAAUGCGACGACUGAACAGAAUGCUUGAAUAG